AUGGGAAGGGAAAAUGGCCACGACUCGGAGCGAGAGCGCUUUCGCUAUCCGGAGGCGCGUCGCGGCCGGGCACGAAGCCCACGGCCCUCGCGUGGCCGAGGAAGAGACCACGUCCCAUGCCCAUCAAAGAGGGAGACGAGUUCAGUCGAAUCUGACCGCGGCCGCGACCCAACUGGGCGCAAGCGGCGUGAUCGCGAUAGUAGCCCUAAGACGUCAUCGGAGUCACCGGCGCCAGUACGUUCGAGGCACCGGGAAGAGGCACCCGCGGAAAAAGAGGCACGCUCGGAAACCCGUUCAGACUCUUCCGAAAUGGUACGCAUCAGCGACGGCGAACAGCCUAAGUGUCGACAGUUCUCUGGCGAGAAGGAACCGGAAACGGAAGAAGAAACGGAACAAUACGGCCGGAAGGUGCGAGAGUGGAGGAUGCGGGAGAAGAUGACUGCCUACGAGGAAAGACUGCAGGGAUGGAUGAGGAGGGAGCGAUUCGUGGCCAAGGAGCGCAAGCGAGAGCGACUUGAGGAGCAAAUGAAGAAGAUCGAAGCCGCGAAGAUAGAACGACUAUUGAAGGCGUUUAUGGAACAUUACAACGAUGAAAGGGAUGACGUCAAAUAUUAUUCGGGUACUGCCCUAUGGAUUCGAAGGCGGUUCCGCGAGAAGGAGAUCUUAUCGGACAUGCGAGACCGUGUGCGAGAACGCCGAGAGCUCGAAGAAUUGCGUCUAAAGGAGACGGUGAAGGAUCCCUUAUGUAGCAACGCUGAAGAGAAACGCGCGGACGUAAAAAAGCCACCAGACGAGCUAGAAACUCAAGUUCCUCCUAGCGUGUCGAGUCAUGCGGGCGAGGAUGCUGCGCCAGAAAUGGAGGCAUCUGACUACGUAGAGAAGCCGCCGACUCCAGUGAUUUCGCCAUCAGGUCGAGAUGGGUAUGACAACGAGGUAACCGUGAAUAUAGCGCCCUCGUACGCUUCAUACCCGUCAGUGUCGACUGACAACUUCGUACAGACAGUGUGCCCGCAAGUACCUGCAAACGAGAAUAACGCCGCAGGAUGGUGGGACACUGACAGCCUUGUUCUACAAACGGGCACGGAGUACGCUCCGAUGGCAGGAGUGUCGUCCGACGUGCAUUACGCGGAUUGCUUGAUCAGCAGUUCCUGCUUUGGGUACCAAGGUGUGCUGCCACUGUGA